CUGUAUCCCUGAUUCCCUAUGCGACAGUAGGCAUACCACUGCAGACUCGCUUCCUGUUGACGUACAGACGUAUGAACGUCCCGAAAGAAGGACCACAGAUGAGUCCGCCCAAGAAGAAGGCUGUAGUUUUCUGCCCCUCGGUAAACAAAACCAAGAGUGCUGAAUCGUGCCUCAAAUAUCGUUCGUGAAGUUUUGCGGCGGGUUUACUUUCUGAGACGACAGCACUGGCAACGUUGAACGUCUGUUGUCGAACAGUUUCUCUCUUUCAUUGUAUGCUUUCUCGACUUAUGUUCGAGUAGGGCUCGAAUUACCGGUUCAGGCAGUUCACUGCAGUGGGGAGAGUUUCAUGGCCGAGGCGCGGUGCGGACAAGAGCAGAGUAUGCGGGAUGUUCGGGACUCGGGUGGUGGAAGGAGACACCCUCGAUCAAACGCAUCGGCAGAGAGAAAUAAACCAGACCAGCAGCCUUCCAGCCAAGGAGCUCUUUCCUCCAUCCGGGCUGCCAUCAUGAGGACCUCUAGAAGCACAUCUCAGGAACAGCAGAGAGAGAGACGCCACAGGAGGCCACAGAUCACCAUCCUCUCCGCAGAACCUAUGGCUCCUGCCUGGUACCCAGCGGCCCCUCCACCAUCAGCAGUGCAGGUUCCUCCCCCCUCUUAUGAACAGGUGCUGAGAGAGAAGAGUCGUGAGCAGCAGCAGCUUGUCGUUCCCUCUCCUUCUCCGACUCCUGUCACCACUUCAUCCCUCGCUCCCUCUCCGCCUCCCUCUCUAUCUCCCACUCCAUCACGCUCCACCAUCGCAACGCAGACUGAUGUUCCACCCACACCCCCACCCAUCCCUCCACCACCCACUCUAGUAGACAACCCAGCGACCAGACCAGCCCUCAGAAGACCUCCGAGGCCACCCAAACCGCUCUGCCCCCCAAAACCAGACGUGGACCCACACACACCUUCACACACACCCACAGAUCGGCCGCUAGAGGAGGAGCCGGUCCGUCCCAGGCCUCGGCCCCGCUCAAGAGCAGGCCUGCGGCCAAUGAGCGAAGAGGUAGCUGGCUCUCAGCCAAUCAGCAGUGAGAGUCACAUGAUACAGCCAAUCAACAGUUGCAUGCCUAAGUCCCGGUCUCUAAACAGUGAGAUAGUUGUUGCCCAGCCUGUCAGUGGCGAAAGAGCAGUGCCUCCAUCAAAUGGGUGUGAGCAUGCAGUGAGCAAGCCAAACAACCAAUCAGAGAGUGUGUGUGCGCAGAGCGAGGGUGUGUGUUUGGGGGCGGAGAGUGUGUGCGUCGGUAGUCAGUAUCUUCAGGACCUGUUGGAUGUUUUCGGACCCGAGUCCAGCCAACGGCAAAGUGACGCCGGUGACCACGGUGGACGAAUAGGUGAGGGGGAGGAGGACGAGGAGAGAGGGGCCAGCGGCAGCAGCAGUGGGAUGAGUCCCCGGCCACAGCCCAAGCCCCGCAUGAGAACGCAGUCGCACACCCCCACGCAGACGCACACCCCCACGCAGACGCACACUCCAACGCAGACGCACACUCCAACGCAGACGCACACCCCCACGCAGACGCACACCCCCACGCAUACUCAAGUGUCCGCGUCAGGGUCCCCCCCUCCCCCCCAGCCCCAGCCCCGAAGGAGGAGCCUAUCAACAGCCACCAACACACCCCAGAGCAGUCCUCAGGACUCAGAUGAGAAGGGCCAGAUAAAUCCAGUCCACACUGGACCAGGCAUGCCUCCUCGAUUUCUCCCAGUCCGUCCUCCACCCAUCAAGCUAGCCAAACCGCUGGAUCUGAUUGGCUCUGGCCCAGCCUCAGCCAAUCAGCAGCAGGGUCAAAGAGUUCCGAAGAGAGGACCCCCACUACCACCUCGUCCAAAGCCAGGACACCCCCUCUACAACAGCUCACAGAAAGAGGACCUCAAUUUGAUGGACUUAACCGACACAUUGGCAGACAUGGAUACCCAUUCUGAUGUAGGCACACAUGCAGAUGUGUGUCCAGACACACACAUGGACGUAAACACACUCACGGAUGUGCACACUCCAGUCAACAUGCCUGUGAACGCAAGCACACACACACACACCCACACAAAUCCACACGCACAGAGCAGUGAAGAAGCAGGAGGCUCUGAUGGGACGUCACUAGAGAUCCCUCCACCCCAGUCUUAUUCCAUCAUGCUCUCGGAGAAAUCCACCACUCAAGCUAUGUGCUGCGUGGCUAUUUUUGCUUUCCGUGGGGAGAAGGAUGAGCUGUCAUUCUCUGAAGGCGAUGUCAUCAUGUUGACCGAUUAUGUAAAUGAUGAGUGGGGACGUGGUCAUUUGAAGGGACGUUCCGGAAUAUUCCCCCUGUGCUUUACCUCCUCACCACAGCCGCAUUCCAUGUUUCAGAGUGCCGAGGCAGGCCUAGACUGAACAGGACGUGUUCUUGAUGAGUGGGGGGCGUUGUCCGUGCACUAUUGGAUGAUGCUGAUUGGUCUCACGACUAAGCAGAACUCACUACCAUUGGUCAGGAACACUGUUUGUGUGUUACUGUGAGGGUGUUAUUUACUGUCCAGAACCUUUCAAUUUACUUCAAUAAAAUUACAAAUAACAGACUUACAUUUAACUGUGAGAAAUAUCAGUACUGUAUCUUUAACGCAAACACACAUACACACACACACACAUUUUAUCAUUGCUAUAUGUUUGGUAGCAGUAACGAGAGAUUGCAGUGGCAUCUCGAUCUUUUAACCAAAUAAAAUGUUUUUUUUUAUUCAUUACUACUUGAGCACUUUUGUCUGUUCAGGAGAGGAAAUAUGUGCAUGUUCAUGUGUGUAUAUGUGUGUCUUCUCACAUAAACUUGCUGUUAGAUUACGUCAGCAGCUGAGUAGAGGUUUGUACUGUACUGUAUGUGCAGAAUUUACAUUCAAAUAAAUGUGUGUGUGACUGUGA